AUGGGAGAACAUGGAUACAGCUUUGACCGAGCAUGUUUUCCGUCAGAUAUUAUCGCCGAGAAUACUCCUCACCUUAAACCGGAACGCUCAGAACUUCCGUCUAAUAAGAAGUUCGAUUGCUUGAGUUCGACUAUUCAAGGGCAGGCCAUCUGA